AUGAGUCAUAAGCAUUUGCUAAAAGUAAUCAUUUUGGGAGACAAUUUUGUCGGAAAGACCUCAUUGGCAAACCGUUACGUGCUUAAAACAUUUACUGGAUUGUAUAAGGCAACGAUUGGGGUUGACUUUUCUUCAAUGAAAAUUAUUGUGAACUCUCGCGUCAUUACCAUGCAGCUUUGGGAUACUGCUGGACAGGAGCGAUGGCAUUCACUCGGCAAUGCAUUUUAUCGCGGUACUGAUUGUUGUGUACUCGUCUUCGAUGUAACGAAUCCACAAUCUUUCGAAAAUCUACAGAUGUGGUAUGCAGAGUUUCUCAUAUUGGCCAAUCCUCGCAAUCGCGAAAAUUUCCCUUUUGUUGUGCUGGGCAAUAAGGUCGACUUGGAGAACCGUCGAGUAAGCAAGCAGCAAGCUGAGCAGUGGUGUGAAGUAAAACAUAUUCCAUAUUUUGAAACAUCAGCCAAGGAUGGUCUAAAUGUGAAGCAAGCAUUUCUGGAAUUAGCUGAAAAAGCGACACAACAGAUGGAGGAAGAUCUAGUUACACCAGACUUUCCUGAUGUUAUUAAAUUAGAUCAGAAAUCAGACAAACGUAAAAAGUGUAACUGCAAUUAG